UUCGCGGGCUUCGCGCCCCACCCCGCGGCCCUGGGCCCCCAGACGCUGCUGGCCGAGCAGAUGAGCGUGAUCGGCAGCCGCAAAAAGAGCGUGAACAUGACCGAGUGCGUGCCGGUGCCCAGCUCCGAGCACGUCGCCGAGAUCGUGGGUCGCCAGGGGUGCAAGAUCAAGGCUCUGCGUGCCAAGACGAACACGUACAUCAAGACGCCAGUGCGCGGGGAGGAGCCGGUCUUCAUCGUGACGGGCCGCAAGGAGGACGUGGAGAUGGCCAAGCGCGAGAUCCUCUCGGCCGCCGAGCACUUCUCCGUGAUCCGCGCCACGCGCAGCAAGGCCGGCGGGCUGCCCGGCACGGCGCAGGGCCCGCCCAACCUGCCGGGACAGACCACCAUCCAGGUGCGUGUGCCCUACCGCGUGGUGGGGCUGGUGGUGGGGCCCAAGGGCGCCACCAUCAAGCGCAUCCAGCAGCGGACGCACACGUACAUCGUGACGCCCGGGCGCGACAAGGAGCCGGUGUUCGCCGUGACGGGCAUGCCCGAGAACGUGGACCGCGCGCGCGAGGAGAUCGAGGCGCACAUCACGCUGCGCACGGGCGCCUUCACCGACGCCAGCCCCGACAGCGACUUCCACGCCAACGGCACCGACGUCUGCCUGGACUUGCUCGGGGCGGCCGCCGGCCUCUGGGCCAAAGCCCCCAACCCGGGCCGGCGGCCCCCCGCGCCCACGGGCAGCCUCCGCGGGGACAGUACCCUGGGCGCCCCGGGGGGCCCCGAGGCUUUCUACGCGGGCGGCCGCGGGGGGCCUCCGGUGCCGGAUGCGGGCCCCACCAGCCCCUACGGCGGCUCCGGCAACGGGGGCUUCUCCUUUGGCGGGGAUGGCCCAGGGGCCCCCACGGGGCCACCUGCCCCCGAGGACUGCGACUUCGGCUUCGACUUCCUGGCGCUGGACCUGACCGUGCCCACCGCCGCCACCAUCUGGGCCCCCUUUGAGCGGGCCGCGCCCCUGCCGGCCUUCAGCGGCUGCUCUGCCGUCAACGGGGCCCCCGCGCCGCCCGCACCGGGCGCCCGGCGCAGCAGCGGGACCGGCACCCCGCGACACUCGCCCACGCUGCCCGAGCCCGGCGGCCUGGGCCUGGAGCUCCCGCUGACCCGCCGCGCCGCCCCGGACCCGGUGGGCGCCCUGCCUUGGCGACCCCCGCAGGGCGCGCUGUCAUCCUUCUCCAGCGGCUCCAGCUUCUCCGCGGCCACCUCGCUGCCCAGCGGCUCCGCGGCCGCCGCCUGCGCCGCCCUGGACUCAAGCGCCUCCGAAAGCAGCCGCAAGCCCUCGGCGGCCCUGUCCGCCGCCCCCGCCCCGGCCGCCCCGGGGACCCCGGCCCUGGCGCGCGAGUGCGUGGUGUGCGCCGAGGGCGAGGUGAUGGCCGCGCUGGUGCCCUGCGGCCACAACCUCUUCUGCAUGGACUGCGCCGUCCGCAUCUGCGGCAAGAGCGAGCCGGAGUGUCCCGCCUGUCGCACGCCUGCCACCCAGGCCAUUCAUAUCUUUUCCUAGCGGGUCCCUGGGGCCACCCCCGGGGCCGUCCGCGGGUGGUGCAUGCGCGCGCGUGCGCUCUCCCGGCACGGCCAGGGGGUGCGGGAGGGCAGGGGGCGCGGGGCGCGUGGCCAGUGUUUACAGACGAGCUUUAACUCCGGUCCCAGGCGUGGAGACGGCGGCCCAGCGACACCUCAGUUCUUAAAAAAUAGCAGUAUUGAGUCGACAGCUUAAAAUAAACCGGAGACAAAUGGUCUGUUUGCACUUUUUAUUUAAGACACCCCCCUCCGGGGUGAUCUUUUUAAGAAAAAAAGAAAACCACGAUUUUUACAACUCUCGGUUGUCCUUUUGUACGUAUGUAGCCCGAUUCUGAUGUGACUGGGUUUCCGCGCGGCCACGGCCCCUGUAGGAACCCCCUGGGGGGAGGGGGUGACAUUUUUACUCCCUUUUCGGGGCUGACAGGUUCCCCCUUUUGUAACGUCAGCCGCGCGGGCUGGACGGGGGUGGGGGGGUCGAGGGGCAUCCCAACCAGAAAUUUCUAACUUUUUUUUUUUUUUUAAUUAUUAAUCCCUUCUGCUGUGGUUUCUGUUGUCAGUUUUUAAAUUUUUUUAAAUUGUUUUUUUUUUUUAAACUUUUACUUUUUACCUCUUGUGUAUAUGUAGGGAAUUUUUAGGGAAAUAUGUACUUUAUGGAAUAAAUUUUAAGAACUAAAAUAUAUUUUAUUUUAAAUAAAGUAAGGGACCUUUAAACUUACACAGCUAAAUUACUGAUUAUAUAUUUGCUGAGCUGACUUAAGGCUUCAGAAAUUGUAUCAAGAGUUUUAUUUUUUGAAUUCAAAGCCUUCUUAAUAAAGUCUUUUUACUACA